UUAUAUUGUGCUAUUCACUAAACCAACAUCUUCAUAAUUCAAAAAAAAAAAUAAAAAAUUAUCAAAAGCCAUGGAAAAUUUUGGUAUACACUUGCUUUCUGGUAGAUGGUUCAUGUUUUUUGCUUCAAUUUUGAUUUUGUCUGUUGCUGGUGGCACAUAUAUAUUUGGUCUCUACUCAGAAGAAGUGAAAAUUUCACUAGGUUAUGAUCAAACAACUUUAAAUUUACUUGGUUUUUUCAAAGAUUUAGGUGCAAAUGUUGGGAUUAUUUCUGGUUUGAUCAAUGAAAUUACUCCACCAUGGGUUGUUAUUCUUCUUGGUGCAUUUAUGAAUUUUUUUGGGUAUUUUUCUAUUUGGCUUGCUGUUACUAAGAAAUUUAGUAACCCCAAAGUUUGGGAGAUGUGUGUUUGUAUUUUCAUUGGGGCAAAUUCACAAACAUUUGUCAACACUGGUGUAAUUGUUACUUGUGUUAAGAAUUUCCCACAAAGUAGAGGUAUUGUGAUUGGGCUUUUAAAGGGUUUUGUUGGUUUAAGUGGUGCUAUACUUACACAAUUUUAUCAUGCCUUUUAUGGAAGUGAUGGUAAAUCUUUAAUCUUGCUUAUUGCUUGGCUUCCUACUGUUGUUUCUUGUGUUUUUCUCAGAGUUAUUCGGGCUAUCAAGAUUAACCAGCAAGAAAAAGAAAAUGAAAUUAGGAUUUUUUAUCAGCUUUUGUUUGUGUCAUUUGGUUUAGCUGGUUUUCUUAUGGCUAUAAUUAUAGUGCAAAACAGUGUUGUGUUUGGUGCUACUGGUUAUUGGUUAACUGCUGGUACUAUUCUUGUUUUGUUAUGUGCUCCGAUAGUACUUGUUGUUAGAGAGGAAUUGAAUUUAUGGGACGUUAAGAAGCGAAAUUUGAGUGUAGAGAUUAAAGUUGAUGAGAUUGAGAGACCACUUCAGUGUUCAGCAGUUGUUGUUCCGAUUAACGAUCAGAAAGAACAUGUUUCGUUCUUUCAAGAUGUGUUUAAGCCACCUGAGAGGGGUGAAGACUAUACUAUACUGCAAGCUGUUCUUAGUGUUGAUAUGUUGAUUCUGUUUAUUGCAACGAUUUUUGGAGCGGGGGGGCUUUUGACAGCUAUGGAUAAUUUAGGCCAGAUUGGUAAAGCUUUAGGUUAUCCUAAAACAAGUAUUACUACAUUUGUGUCACUUGUGAGUAUAUGGGGUUAUCUUGGGCGUGUAGGUUCUGGAUUCGCGUCUGAGAUCUUCUUGGAGAAGUAUAAGUUUCCGCGUCCAUUGAUGUUGGCAAUAGUGCUGUUUUUUUCCUGCCUGGUUCAUGUUUUGAUUGCGCUUGGCGUGCCUAACACUCUGUAUGUCGCGUCUGUGCUGAUUGGUUUGUGUUUUGGUGCUUUAUGGCCUUUGAUAUUCGCGAUCAUAUCUGAAAUCUUUGGGCUUAAGCAUUACUCCACAUUGCUCAACUUUGGGGGUGCUGCUAGCCCAAUCGGAGCUUAUAUAUUCAAUGUUAAGGUAGCUGGUAAUUUGUAUGACAGAGAAGCAAUGAAACAAAUGGCAGCUCAUGGGAUCAUUAGAAAAACCGGUGAAGACUUGACUUGCACUGGAGUUGAGUGUUAUAAGUUGGCUUUCUUGAUAAUUGCAGCAUCUACUUUUGUGGGUUUCAUUGUUUCAUUGGUUUUAGUAAUCAGAACAUUCAAGUUUUACAAAGGGGAUAUCUACAAGAAGUUUAGAGAACAAGCCAAAGCAGUCGAUGCUGCUGAGUCUCAGUCCAGAACAAAUGGUGAUACUCCAUUAUAGUCAUUCUGAUAUGUGAUUAUAGUUUUGACAUCUUGUGCUUAUAGCUGAUAUCAUUAUGUACAAGGAGCUGAAAGUGUAUACAUGAUUUACAAGUUGAAUUUUAUCUAUAUAAUGGAAGAUUUGUUUUAACUGUA